AUGCAACAACGUGCCUGGAACGGACCAGACGGAGCAGAUGAGCCGGAAGUGCCGGUAUUACGAGGGGUCCUACCGAUGUUUCCCGUACCGCCACCACCGAUUCGGCAAGCAAAUCCGCCUCCACCACGUCGUCGAGGUGCUGCUCGAAAUCGCCGACCGACAAAUCAGCGGAUUGUCGUUGAUUGGGGAAUCGAAACAGAACAAAUCUUUUGUGGUGUACUCUUCGACCAGGUGAACGAUGAUGUGCGGGCUGUGCGUGAAGCUGAGGAAAGGUAUCUGAUGAAAGAAAUGGAAGCUCAUAUAAAAUUGAUUGAGAAAGGGACUGUUGAUCAAGCAUCUAUACGAAUGCUUAUGACCCCAUUAUGCAAUUUUGUGGAACGGCUCGAGAUGGAAUUAUCGAAUACUAGAAACCUUCUUACGGAUAUCGAAGCUAGACAAGCUGAUCUGAACAAAGAAAUGGAACAUGUGGAGAGUAACUUCAGCAAAAAAGCUAUGCAGCUUACCCUUAACUGGAGGACAGCAACAAUCAAUUCUGCUGCUGAUCUGAAAGGGUCAAGUGAGGAACAUACCGUCUUAAUUCCCGUGUCACCUCGAAGUCCUCCUUCACCUGCCCAAGCACGUACGACAGGGCCUGGUAGUGUGACAAGAAGGAACAUGCUUCUACUCAAAGCUCGAGCUGCUCCAUUUCUUUGGCUUCUUUUCUUCAUGCAGGCACAUAUGGCCCUAUCGUGUACGUUCACAAUCGUCACAAUUAACACUAUGCCAUACACUAAAGUGCAAUACAACAGAACGAUCGAGGCUCAAAGUGAAGGCGGUUGUCUCAAGAAGUGCCUCGAGAACUACCCAGAAUGUCUUAUGGUAGGCGUGGAUAAUACUGGUGACGGGAUCUACUGCUUCCUGUACUUCCCACGUUACAUUCCGCCAAACCAUGUUAUCCAUAAGCAUAUCAACUACAACAAUCCCAAUGAAACUAUGUAUCUAUUGGAGAGAGACAAAGUAGAUCUCACAUGUCCUCUGGUGGAUACCAAGCUUCCUGCCUGA